GGAUAUUUGGUAGUAUGUAAUUUGUAAUUUUACUUGUCGAUUAUUUAUCGGAUCCGACUGUGAAAGUUUGCGUUACAUUAUCGUUAGCCAAAAUGAAACCCAAUAGCGGCAUUAUUUAGACAUUUUGAAAUUGAUUGCAUGUUAUUUUGCAAAUCUUCAUGAUGAAAAACUUAUGAAAAGUAAUGACGUCUUAUUUUGCACUCUCAAUUGACUGUUCAUUUCAGAACUGAAAUGACCUCAGAAAAAUUAUUGUUUGGUAUAUUAAAGUUAUGUGGAAGGAGAAUUGCUUACAAUUCCGGUUCAUAUAGACCGGGGUCGUCGUGGAUUCGUUGUGCGGGAAAUAGAAAUUUUAGAAGGUGUGUUCCGGACCUUGAAACAAUUCGACAGCACCAUAACCGCCAAAAAUCUAACCAUCGUCUACAAUUUAUCGUCGGAGGAAAUGCACUGUUUUUCGGAUUAUUCGGUCCCGAUGAAUCGGACGACGAAAAAAUCCCGGAUUACAUUAUGACCAUGAAACGAUCUAUAGUAAUGAUACAGAAAGGAGAAUUCAAAAAAGCGGAGCAGAUGCUGCACUUAGCUCUUCGCCAAGCUCAGGAUCUUCAGAAUCACCAGGCAGUCACAUAUAUCUAUGACUUGAUGGCGAAUUUGGCCUUUGACCUUGGAGAGUACAAAAAAGCAGAGGCUCUCUUUGUCUCUGUAAUGCAGAGGCUGAUAUCAAGUGGAACGCCAGAAAAUAAUAUAAAGAUUCUACACAUGAGUUUAAAAAUGGCUAAGAUAUUUGAACAUCAAGGGGAUACUGGAAAGGCAGAGGAUGGAUAUACUUUUUGUCUAAAGCAUCUCCAAGACAAGGUAGACCAGGGGACUGAGGACGAAGACGUUAUUAUUCUUUGGGCAAUGACCAUGGAUUGGUACGCCAGACUGCUUUUGACUCAGUCAAAGCAUGACAAGGCAUUUGAAUACUUUCUCAAAGCGUAUGAAGUGUCACUAAAAAUCAAUGGAGAGAAGCACGAGCAAACUGCUGUCCUCUUGAAUGACCUCGGCACAAUAAGUUUCAUGAAAGGAGAUAACAAUGGAGCGAUCGACUAUUUAACCAAAGCGACAGAAAUCGGAAAGGACUUACCAGAGAUGGAAGAACUCGGCUCGAUUCAUGUCAAUCUGGGAAAUGUUUUCAUGAAAAAAGGUCUUUAUGAUGCAGCUAAAAAAUCAUGUCAGGAAGGCUGGAGGUUGUCAAAAUCUCGGAAAAAUAGAGAGUCUUUGGUAGAAGCAAACGAUUGCCUGGAUGAAAUUAACAAACUAGUCUCUUAGAUUCACGUAUGUAGCAAGUGUUUUAUGAACAUUUGUUAUUUUGGUGA